GUCUCUCUCACACGCAUAAUGGAAAACUUGAUGAGGAGUUACCGUACAAAAGUAAAGCAAGCAUCGGUGCUGUGGCUUGAAGGUUUUCGACAAGCUUGUUGUCUUCACAGAGUUGUCAUCUACUGUCUCAGGUCGAAACAACUCAUGAUCCGAACUGGCCAGUGCUUUCUCUUAAACGGUUUCAUCUUUUUAGGAAGUAUUUUUAUUCUAAGAUCUCUUAUCCUUCCAACACUACAAUGGAUCUUACCUUUUGGAGUCUCGGAUGGUUAUCAAGAGCCAUGCUUACCGCAGAUGCCUAUAAGACUGUAUGCCUUCUUACGACUUGGACUCUUACAACUUAUUUAUGCUUUAUGGUUCUACCCUUUGUACAUAUUCAGCUUCAUUUUAAGCACUAUCUGGUACAAUGAUAUUGCUCAGUUUGGUCUUACGGUGACAGGAAAAGAUGGAUCAACCAAUUUAGCUCCAUCUAGCCAAAAGGAGCCAUCCACUUCACAAAAUGCAACACAUGUUGAUAAACCAACUGACCUUGGGAGAGUCAUGAUAGGAAUAGCAGAACAGGGCUAUUCACUCCUCCUAUUGACCUUUUUCUUCCUGGAGGUUUACCUGACAGGUUUCAUCCCUUACAUUGGGAAGACACUAAAUUUCAUACUUCUUUCAUGGAUGUAUGCCUAUUACUGCUUUGAAUACAAAUGGAACUUCUCCGGUCUGAGUUUGGAUAAAAGGCUAGACUUCUUUGAGUCCAACUGGGCAUUCUUUGCUGGCUUUGGAUCUCCUUGUGUUCUGGCUAUUUUCUUCUUUUCACCUUUAGUGAGUUAUGGGGUAAUGGCUGUACUCUUUCCAAUGUUUGUCCUGACUGCAGCAGGCUCAGAUGCCGACAGUGUCGUCAACUCUUACAAAACGAAAUGGAGCAGUCAAGAAUUGAGAAAGCUUCCUAUAUUUUAUGCUGCGGAUAAGUUAUUGAUGCGGAUUUUAUCUCUUCUUCCUGUGGAACCUUCUGCGCAAGCAUCCGACAAGAAAUCACUCUGAGACUAACGAUCUGAUCCUUCAAACUUGAAUAUUUAUUGUGUGUUACCAUCCAUAGAAAGAUCACUUCGUCUUAUGGCUGCACUCAAUUAGUCUUGGAUCGAUUAGCUUGUGUGUUGUCCCAGCAGAUAGGAACAUGGUAUUCUCACAACAGGGAAAAGGUUCGACUCAUUGGUAUGAUUGACUUUACUGCAAAAGAAGGGGGUGCAUUUAGAAGGUCAACUAUUGCCUAUACCGGACGGGUGAACACAAAAACAUCAUGUUUUUGUUGAAAGGAAGGUAAAGGUAUGUUCCCUUUUCGUUAUCGUUCAGGUUUCCAUGAAUGAAAUUAGAAAGUGAAUUGACAGAUUACAUUGUUAUUUAGCUGCUUGAAGAUUUGAAAGACCACAUUGUGCU